AUGGCACCAUUGCUCACCACUCUCACCCUUCCUCAUGCUCUUCUCUGCUUCCCCUACCUCGAAAACUUUUCAGGCUUGAUUGAACAAAGCUACCUCAUUCUUCCCCCAGACACCGAGCUCACCAAGGGGACGCAGCAGCAGACAGUGGGGCGAUUCAUGGCGAAUCCAGUGAACCUGUUUGUGUACCCCCCUGGUGUGACCUCGCGAUGUGGCUUGGAGUUGGCGUUUAGAGUCAACUUCACCUUCGCUAUCUUUCCCCAGAAUCGUGCUGCCAGGUUCAACGGCUUUGCAUUUGUGAUCGCAGCAAACACCACGGUGGGGAAGCCUGGUGGUGUGGGGUAUGCUGGAUCGGGGGCUCGGAGCAUGGCCGUUGUGUUCAAGACGUUCCAAAAGAACAAGCAGAGUGGCAAGCAGCAUGUGGGGCUGAACAUUAACGGCGUGAAAAAAUCAUUGGUGGCAGAGGUCUCACCAUUCACUCUCACCAUCUGCGCUGCUGGGUGCACUGCAUGGGUGGACUAUGAGCCUGGGGAUCCCGGCACCAUUCAAGUGUUCCUGGCGGAUUCAGCCAUGAAGCCAGAUGUUCCGCUGCUGCAGACGAGUCUGUCACUCUGUGCUCCUUCACCCAAGUCACCCGAGAUCAAAGAGACAGGCCCUGCCAUGUCUCUUGUCUCCGCGCCUGCUCUCGCUCUACUCCCCAAGCACAUUUCUCUUCUUCUCCACCCUUUCCUGCCCCUCACAGCCCUCGGCCUUUCACUCUCGGAGGCCAUGUUUGCACCGUCGCGAAGCAGCCCCUUUUCGCGCUACGUGAGUGCGGACUUCAGACUGACGCCCGCCUUGAGCGAAGCGUGGAGCAUCCACGACCUCCACUCGUGGGACGCCGUGUCCUGGCUCGGUGCCUGCUGGGCGUAUGCGGUGGUGGCGAGUGUGGAGGCAGCCUACGGCAUUGCCAAGAAGGGCAGAGCACCACAGGUGUCAGUGGAGUCCCUCUUUGCUCCCAUGUGGCUCACCAACUCAAACAAGUGCACGGCUGGCGGCUCCCCCGCCCAUGCCUUUGAGAAGCUCGUGGCUCUUAAUGCCAAUGGCAGAAGUGGGCUCACAAGGGCCAAUGACCCGGCAACAAGGUACCCGGUGCAGUCGUUUGAGCGAGCGCAGUUCAAGGGGUAUGUGGGGCUCAUGCUGGCUGUGCGACGCCAGCCAGUUGUGGUUCACAUCGAGGCGUCUGCUGACACGUUCAAGGCGUAUGAUGGGGAUCCUAUUUGCUACACGGGCAGUGUCAACCAUGUUGUACUCGUUAUAGGCUACUUCAUCUUGUUUGACGAUGGCAGCCAGAACCGCAUUGCUCCACCGUUUUGGAUCAUCCGCAACUCAUGGGGAGAGGACUGGGGAGACAAAGGCCACAUGCGCAUGGAUAUUCAGGGAGGGGAUGGCGUGUGUGGCAUCAAUGCGCUGCCUGGCAUCUACCCCGUUGUCAAGAUGGACGUGUGUGGGUCGUACUUCAAGAACCCCUGCUAUGUGGGAGCCUGCAUCAACGAUGGCAAGGGCGCCUACUCCUGCAUCUGCCCUCCCAACCAUGUCCUAAGCACAACAGUGGAUGGCUUCCCCACCUGCGAUCCAGGUGCUGCCACUCUACCCCAAGCAGGAGCCUUUGGAAUUGUCAGUCUGUCGUGCUUGACAUUGCCAGCACAUUGUGCUUGUGCCACGACUGAGGGCAUUGCAGCAAUGCAUGAUGGGCUCCUUCACGACUGA